CGGCGUCGGUGCAAUAAAAAUGCAUCGCAUGGAACUGCCCGUGGAGAAGGACGGGACGGAGCUGGGGCAGCCAGAAGAGGUGGGAAAAGCGGAGGAGGACGCCCAGGAGGAGGCGGCGGCGGCGGCUGCUGCGGCCGGGAAGUGAAAGGUCUCGCAAAGUUCAGCGGCGGCUGCGGGCGCCGAGCCCCGGGCUAGCGGCAGACUAGCCCGCAGGGCCGCUCCGCGGGGCAGCGCAGCCAGGCCGGCUAUGGUCCCGGGGCUCCCGCCGCCCCUCAGGUGCCCGGGACCCGCCAGGCCGGUGCGCGAGGGUCACCCCACCUCCCCGCGCGGUCCCGGCCCCUGGCUCCCAGCUGCCGGCGCCCGCUGACCGAGCCCGGCGCCCCAGGAGGAGGAAGAAACCAGGGCCCGGGUGCCUCCCGAGGACGGCGGCGCUUCAUCCCGCAGCCCAGAGGUCUCGGCUCCCUCCGGCACCCGCCCGGCCCGGCUGCUCCCGGCUCCUCCCGGCCAUGGGGAGCUGCGCGCGGCUGCUGCUGCUCUGGGGCUGCACGGUGGUGGCCGCAGGUGGGUGGUGACGCGGCGGGGCCCCCACCCCUUCCCUCGCUGCUUCUCUAACCCAUCUCGGGACUCGGGGGUGCAGGGGAGCCAGGGCUGCGAGCGCAGAGCGCUGCUCCCGAGGGUGAAAUGAGUGGCCAUGUUCCGCCUCCUUUCCCCGGGGCUCCGCAGUUUCAAAUACUAUUGAUUUAUUUUUACAACUAGGAUACACAUGCUCUUGAAUAACCAGCUAUCCUGGGUGCGCCCUGCCGGGGAUACUGCGACCGGGGUUUCUUUCUUGGUUUGGCUUGUUAAAAAAACUGCUUUUCCACUUGGUGAGGGAACAAAGGACCCAGCUCGCCAUCCCCCGGCACUUCAUGGCCUAAGGAAUGAUGAGGAGGGGUGGCCCAGCGACCCUGGGCGCGCGUGGGCCGGGGCCGGUCUCUGGUGGAGGCCGAUCGCUGGCGUCCCUGACCUGGUGCUGGGUACUAGAGAACCAGGACUGAGUGGAGUAGCUGGAGUGAGUUCCCGCUGUGAAAAAGCCUGCAACCCUCGGAUGGGAAAUUUGGCUUUGGGGCGAAAACUCUGGGCAGACACCACCUGCGGUCAAAAUGCUACCGAACUGUACUGCUUCUACAGUGAGAACACGGAUCUGACUUGUCGGCAGCCCAAAUGUGACAAGUGCAAUGCUGCCCAUCCUCACCUGGCUCACCUGCCGUCUGCCAUGGCAGACUCGUCCUUCCGGUUCCCUCGCACAUGGUGGCAGUCUGCGGAGGACGUGCACAGAGAAAAGAUCCAGUUAGACCUGGAAGCGGAAUUCUACUUCACUCACCUAAUUAUGAUGUUCAAGUCCCCCAGGCCGGCUGCCAUGGUGCUGGACCGCUCCCAGGACUUCGGGAAAACAUGGAAGCCUUAUAAGUACUUUGCGACUAACUGCUCCGCUACAUUUGGCCUGGAAGAUGAUGUUGUCAAGAAGGGAGCUAUUUGUACUUCUAAAUACUCCAGUCCUUUUCCAUGCACUGGAGGAGAGGUUAUUUUCAAAGCUUUGUCACCACCAUACGAUACAGAGAACCCUUACAGUGCCAAAGUUCAGGAGCAGCUGAAGAUCACCAACCUUCGCGUGCAGCUGCUAAAACGACAGUCUUGUCCCUGUCAGAGAAAUGACCUGAACGACGAGCCUCAACAUUUUACACACUAUGCAAUCUAUGAUUUCAUUGUCAAGGGCAGCUGCUUCUGCAAUGGCCACGCUGAUCAAUGCAUACCUGUUCAUGGCUUCAGGCCUGUCAAGGCCCCAGGAACAUUCCACAUGGUCCAUGGGAAGUGUAUGUGUAAGCACAACACAGCAGGCAGCCACUGCCAGCACUGUGCCCCGUUAUACAAUGACCAGCCAUGGGAGGCAGCUGAUGGCAAAACGGGGGCUCCCAACGAGUGCAGAACCUGCAAGUGUAAUGGACAUGCUGAUACCUGUCACUUCGACGUUAAUGUGUGGGAGGCAUCAGGGAAUCGUAGUGGUGGCGUCUGUGAUGACUGUCAGCACAACACCGAAGGACAGCAUUGUCAGAGGUGCAAGCCAGGCUUCUAUCGUGACCUGCGGAGACCCUUCUCAGCUCCAGAUGCUUGCAAACCGUGUUCCUGCCAUCCAGUAGGAUCAGCUGUCCUUCCUGCCAACUCAGUGACCUUCUGCGACCCCAGCAAUGGUGACUGCCCUUGCAAGCCUGGGGUGGCAGGGCGACAUUGUGACAGGUGCAUGGUGGGAUACUGGGGCUUCGGAGACUAUGGCUGUCGACCAUGUGACUGUGCGGGGAGCUGUGACCCUAUCACUGGAGACUGCAUCAGCAGCCACACAGACAUAGACUGGCAUCAUGAAGUUCCUGACUUCCGUCCCGUGCACAAUAAGAGCGAAGCAGCCUGGGAGUGGGAGGAUGCGCAGGGGUUUUCUGCACUUCUACACUCAGGUAAAUGUGAAUGCAAGGAACAGACAUUAGGAAAUGCCAAGGCAUUCUGUGGAAUGAAAUAUUCAUACGUGCUAAAAAUAAAGAUUUUAUCAGCUCAUGAUAAAGGUACUCAUGUUGAAGUCAAUGUGAAGAUUAAAAAGGUCUUAAAAUCUACCAAACUGAAGAUUUUCCGAGGAAAGCGAACAUUAUAUCCAGAAUCAUGGACGGACAGAGGAUGCACUUGUCCAAUCCUCAAUCCUGGUUUGGAAUACCUUGUAGCAGGACAUGAGGAUGUAAGAACAGGGAAACUAAUUGUGAAUAUGAAAAGCUUUGUCCAGCACUGGAAACCUUCUCUUGGAAGAAAAGUCAUGGAUAUUUUAAAAAGAGAGUGCAAGUAGCAUUAAGAUGGAUAGCACAUAAUGGCACUUGUCUAUGUACAAAACACAAACUUUAGAGCAAGAAGACCUCAGACAGGAAACUGGAAUUUUUUAAAGUGCCAAAACAUAUAGAAAUGUUUGAAUGCAUGGGUCUCAUCUAACUUAUCUCUUCUGGACCCAUGUUUAAAUACAGUUUUAUUUCAUGAAGAGAAAUGAAAACCCCUACACUGAUACCUGUUUUCUAUGGGACUGAUUCUGAAAUUCUUAACUAUUAAGAAUAUUUUAAUAGCAGCAUGACAUUUAGCGGUAAUCCAUUAAGGGCAGUACCUCUAACAAGGACGACUUCCAGCUUCAGCUAUGUUACUUACGUUUGAUGCUACUUAAUGAAUGAGGUUUUAAGGAAUCCCCAACCCUACUAUCAGAAAAGGUGUUUCUUAAAAAAAGAGCCUUCUCUUGUGUGUUAUGCAUGAACUUUGGUCUGUAGGUGUUAAAUGGAACCUCUCUAUGUGUAUAUAGUAUUUCCUUGUAUAAAGCACUUUACUACCUACCACUUGUGUUGUGAACGUUUGGAGACUGCUGUUGAAAGAAGGAAAAGGGUGUGUGAGAAAGCCUACUGAAGCAGCAGCACUGCCACUACAUGUGGACAAAAGUGACCAUAUAAAAGAAGUUGUGUUAUUUAACUCUGAAUACUUGGAGAAACUAGGUGAAGAUGCAACCAGAAAGGAGAAUAUGUAUGCAUGAAGUCUCAGCUUCAAGCUGGAGGCUAGAUUCCAAGAUGACAGCCAUGAUGAAACUUUUUAAAAAACUAAACCAGAAGAGACUUUAAAAUAAGAGAAAGAAAUCAUAAAUGUAGACAUAUGCUUGGCUAAAGGGGAAAUGAACUUUAAAUUUUAAAGAGCUCAUUUGCAAUGCACUUGUAUACACUUCAAAAAUUAUUGUAGACACAGAAUUUGUUAUAUUUUUGUGCUUAGUAUUUAAACCUGAACAUUGAAACAGUUUUCCUCCUUGUCUUUCUUAACAGUAAUAGUCAUUAUAUUUACCUGUUUUUUAACACAAUGUAUGUGAUAGUCAACAAAUCACAGUUUUUCAUUAUUAUUCAUCUUCUGUACCCAUGCAUAACCACUAUACAUAGUUUCUUUUGUACUUGAAUAUACAAAACAUGAACACAGUGCCAUAUGAAUAAUUUCACAUACAGAACUUUUUUUUCCCUGAAGUCCUGUGGACUUGCAAAAAUAUAUAUAUAUUGCUUUGUUAAUUUGUUUUUAUAUUUCAUAUAUGUAAUAAAGGAAUAUGAUCUCCUGA